CCCCCGGAUUCCCCGGCUCGACGAGUCCUUACUCAUCCCUUGUUUGGAGGAGGGAUUUCACGAGCCCUGUCCGACCCCGUGAGGAUAUUUCUGGGCUGAUGGAGCAGCAGAGCGGGGCUGUGGAUGACAGGGGCUGCCAGAGGCGGGUCCGAGCGGCGCUGGCUGCUCCCCUGCUGCAGCGCAGCCAGAGGCACCUGUACAGCACCGAGGCGUGUCAGGAAACCCGAUGCCUCACCUCUGCCAAUGUGGAGGCGGAGGGAGGAGGGCCCAAAGACAUGUCCCUUCACGCUCGCGACAGCUGAAAACAGAGAAGGAAACUUGCUAGAGGCUCUUCCAGCAGCGCACGAAGCCUCCCUGUCCCGCUCUCACCCCAGGAGCCCUCCCGUACUCCACUACUCUGGGGGGGUGGCUGUCCCACACCCGCCGGGCGAUGAACAUCGCAAGGAGAAGAGGCUUUUACAGACAGGAGGUGAACAACACGCUGUGGGAGCUGCCCAGGAGAUACGGAUCCCUGCACCCGCUGGGCUCCGGGGCCUACGGCUCCGUCUGUUCAGCCAUAGACAAGAAGACGGGGGAGAAAGUGGCCAUCAAGAAGCUGUGCCGCCCAUUCCAGUCCGAGAUCUUUGCCAAGAGAGCCUACAGGGAGCUGAUGCUGUUGAAGCACAUGCAGCAUGAGAAUGUCAUUGGGCUGCUUGAUGUCUUCACCUCCACUGCCUCCUACCAGGGCUUCCAGGACUUCUACCUGGUGAUGCCAUACAUGCGGACAGAUUUACAAAAGAUCAUGGGACAUGAAUUCAGUGACGAAAAGAUCCAGUACCUGGUCUACCAAAUGCUGAAAGGGCUGAAGUAUAUUCAUUCAGCUGGCAUCGUCCACAGGGACCUGAAGCCAAGUAACCUGGCUGUGAAUGAAGACUGCCAGCUGAAGAUCCUGGAUUUUGGCCUGGCCAGACAGGCUGAUGCUGAGAUGACUGGCUACGUGGUCACACGGUGGUACAGAGCCCCAGAAGUCAUCCUGAACUGGAUGCAUUACAACCAGACAGUGGAUAUCUGGUCUAUUGGCUGUAUCAUGGCAGAAAUGCUGACUGGGAAAACACUCUUUAAAGGAAAAGACUACCUGGAUCAACUGACCCAGAUCCUGAAAGUAACAGGGCACCCAGGAGAGGACUUCUUGGAGAAGCUGGAGGACAAGGCGGCAAAGAGUUAUAUCAAGUCCCUUCCUAAAAUCCCCAAGAAGGAUUUGUCUGUGCUCUUCCCUAAAGCAAAUCCUCAGGCUGUGGACCUGCUGGACAAGAUGUUGCAGCUGGAUGUGGAAAAGCGUCUCACAGCAACAGAGGCCUUGGCUCACCCCUACUUCGACCAGUUCCGAGAUAUUGAGGAGGAGACAGAGGCACAACACUCCUAUGAUGAUUCUCUGGAACGUGAAAAGCUUUCAAUAGAAGAGUGGAAAAAGCACAUUUACAAGGAGAUCCUGACCUUCAGUCCCUUUGCACGGAAGGAUUCAAAGAAGAGAAGUGGGAUGUCAUUAUAGCAACGGUGCAGCUGUGGCUGGGACUCAGUUCUCCUUGAUGACUCAAAUUCACUCCACACUGCCUUGCUGGUGGCCAACUUUUGGCCUGUGGACCUCUCUCCAUGUGCCAACACAAGGAUGACACCAUGCUGAGAGCACUGGACUUUGUUCUAGUAAAGGGGAAGCACCCCAGAUAGUUUUUGACAUAAAAGACAAAUAUAUUCUUGUUGAAACUUUAAAUGGGAGAAUUUUACAUGGUGUUUCUUUUUUUUUUUUUCCUGUAUUUGUCUAUUUGAGAGAGGAGGGGUUUAAUUCUUGCUCAUUAGUCUUUUCAAGCACGGGGUUUAGUACAUUAAUUAUGGAUGAGGUAAAGAAAAAGGAAGUGACUCCUGAGCAAAAGGAUCAGAAAUACUGAAUUUCAGCAUAACAAGACCUUAACCAAUCUCACUCUGCUGUUUCCUGCUUCCCUGAGCAGCCAGCAGAGCAAGACUGCUGGGAUGGGGUCAGCUCUGGGGCACCAGGGGACUGGCCUGUGUUCAGAGCAGCUACAAACUCAGCCUCUCAUCUUAUACACAAAAUUUUGCUCAGAUGCUUCCCCUCCAAAGAGCUACUGCCUCUUUUUUUUAAUUAUUAUUUUUCCCCUGCUUAUUUCAUUCUCUGGGAUUUGAUCAGUGCUGUCUCCUCCUCACUGCCAACAGCAAACACAGCCUGGGAAUUCAAGGCCUCUUCCCACAGUGCCAGACUGGGAGUCCCAAGCAGCUGCACAAGUUAGCUUGAAUAUGGAUCUGCAGGAAGUUUUCCAGCUGUGCUGAAACUGGGGUAUCUGCAGGCCCACAGCUUAUCAAUACAGUCACUUGAUAGUGCAGACACAACUGCUGGUUGUGAUAACACCUGUGGACUUCAACACCUUCUUCCCUAUGGUGAUCAGGCAUGUUCAGCCAAUCAUUCCAAAGUCCAUCCCAAGGGAUCUGUGCCCAGAGCCAAGGGCCUUCUCUGUAUCAGAGCUCAGAGCACAGAGUUCUCAGGACUAGAGAAAAGUAUUGAGAAGUUAUUUGACCUCAGUAAUACACACAGUGAUUCUCAACUCCCCUCCUCUUCUAUAGCUGCUGACUUAUUUUGGUUUGGUUUAGCCAGGUUGUUUGUUUUCAGUACUCUCUAAUUUUCUUCUUAAGUAAUGUUCAGUUUUGCUGUACAGACCACAAGUAUGGGAAAACUGCAACAUUUCCAGAAUUUUCUGAUCUCUCUUCUCCACUGGGAACUGGACACAGUGAUGUCAUGUUACUUGGCUGCCUCCCUGCUGCAGCUCAUGGCAUGCAGCACAGGAUAACCCUGCAGUGACUGCAGUUUUUGAUAGGAUGGUGUUGAUGUUUGCCUACUGCACAGAUGGCCCAUGAUGAUAAGGGAAGGUUUCUCUUGGCUCCUAUCUGUCUGGGUCAUGCACAAGCCCUUUGCUUCACUCCUCUCUUAGGUAGGGACAGAACUGUUGUGAUGUGUCCUCAAUUCCCAGGAAACUCAAUGAUUUCUCAUGCAGCACUCUUUUGUAAAGAGCUGGGCUGGGGGGUAUGCAGUAAUGUUCUGCUAUCUCUGUCCUGAAAAACACAGCUUGAUGAGGUUUAGGCUUCAUUCUUUCCUCUUGCUAAGGAACAACCUCCCUUUUACUUGAAUGCCCUCCUUCAAAAGGGGGUAGGUAGGCCUGAAGAGUUUUCUGUCUCAGUAAUGAUGGCUGGGGAAGAAAACAUCCUCAUGCUAAAGGAAUGUACUGAGUAGUCUGCUGGUAGUUGAAAAGGAACUUGGAUAGUUUUAAAGAAUAAUUUAGAAUGCCCUUUGGGAAUUCUGUCUGAGCAGAGGACAAGCAUGAAGAGGCACUGGGGACAUCUGAUACAAAUAGGUGUGAGAAGAACAAUUGUGAGCAUAACUGAGUAGGGCACACAGAUUUUGCAAAUAUCAGUCUCACUUGUUUUAGGGAAAGCACAUAAAGGCUCUUCAGCAUCAGUCUUUCUGCUGAGCAUACUCUCACUUUCAGGGACUGGGUUCUGGGUUUCUCAGUAGGUUUACACUUACCUUGAAUGCUCUGAAAUUGCAAGAGCAAUCCCAACAGCUGCUGUGUGGGCUCCAUGCUCUGGUUUCAUUCAUUCACCCACCAACCCCAUACAGUGAGAGAACACUGUGCAAAAAGAUUACCCCAUACCCCAACAAAUGUGGGGAGCAGGUGCUCUGUAAGCCUAGCAACCCUGGAGAUGUAUUCAUAUUUGGUUUUUUGUGGUAUGUAUCAUCCAAGAACUCAAAAUAGUAGAAAAUGUAGCAGGUUGGUAGUGGAGUAUCUGUACAAACCAACCAUCCCAGUGCUCCUGGCAUCUGAGAAUGUGUUUCAAUGAACAGCAACAAGCUACCAGAAGGGAGAGGUGGGGGAAAUCCUAUUGACAUUUCCUGAAAGGAGUUUGAAAAAACACCUUCUUGACAGAGCCAGUGACUCAGGCCAAGGCUGGAAUCCUUCACAAUCAGCACCAGAACCAAGAGGGGGUGUGUGACCCUGACAGACACUGUGAGUCAAGGCAGGAAUUACCUCAUGCAGAGGUGCAGCAGUGCCUGGUGCAUGACUCACACUGACACAUAAUUCAUGGACAUUCCUUUCAUUACAAGUAUAGUUUACAUACUUAAAAAUACAAAACCAAGUGAUAAAAACCCCUCAGCUAUUAAGCAGUCCAAAAUUCCAUAAAUCAGGCCAGCCAAAAAUAUGUUUGCUGUUUGUACUGAGUUUGUAUGAUAAAAAUUGACAAGGUUAUAUAUGGAUGGAAUUUUUGUGUCUGUCUCAGAUAACAUACAGAAUGGAAUGCUAUUUACUUGCUAGUCUUACAUUCAUUUCUGACUUCCAAAUAUUUUUUUUUUUUAAUUUGGAAAAUAAAGCCUUCAGAAAGUCUUUCUCUGUAAGUUUGACAGUUAAUUAGGUCUGUGAAGUUGCAACUUUAUGGGGCCUAUUUCUUAGAUACUUGCACAUGUAGGUGGGAAAUAAAAGCAGAUGAAGGAAUGAUUAUUUUAUUUUCUUAAGAGAUGCCACAAAAUUAGAGGAUUUUUAAAGAGCAAUAAUAGCAGCUGUGUUUUUGAUACCACCUAGAAACCUUUCAGUGCACAAUUGUGAAAAUUUCCACAGCCUCUUAGAAAACUACUUAUUUCAUUCUGUAGGAAAAAGACACAUCAUCUGUUUUCAUAUUUAACAUUUUCACAUUUUAGGUAAGAGAGUAAACAAAUAAUGUUCACGUUUUAAGUAUGUGAUAAUGAGGAAGAAGAAAAACAUAGAAAAUCAUAAACACAUCUGAGAAUUCUAGUGAGAUUCUCUACAAAGGAUGGUAAUACCUUUUCAUAUUCCCAUGUCUUGCUGUUGCCUGAGCAACCAGGGAAAGCGUUCCUAAUCCUCUGCAUUUUUCCUGUAUCAUGGGUCAGCAGAAUGUUGGCUGGAAACGUGAUUAUGGCUGUUUUUCUUUUCACAGCUGAGAGAAAUAAAACAAGAAAGAUUGAAUGAAGAUCAGAAUAGCCACUAAUAAUUUGUUUUGCCCCCAAAAGGAUGGACACUCACUGCACUAAUUGUAUUUAUCAUGGAAUCAUUCAGGCUGGAAAAGGCCAUUAAGACCAUUGAGUCCAAAUCUACACUGAAAAUGUCAAAGUUUCCAGGUGAAUUGUGGUUUAGGGGAUGUUUUGCCUCAUUUCUCUCUACAAGGCCAUUUUCUGAGCACAUGAGCUUACAUAGCUUUUAAUGUGAUGUUCAGCUGGUGCUGGCUCACAGCUGAUUCAGUCAGCUCUCCUUUUUUGUUGGAAUGCACUCCACUAAAUAAUACUGAAGGGUUAGUGCAUUAUAUCUGCAACCCUCAUUGAUUUGCUGUUACAUGGAAGUGAGUUAACUUCUUUUAGCCAAGGUUGGCUGGAAAAAUAAAAAUUCUCCUGCCAUAAACCAUAAUUUCAGAUCUCUCUUCAGAACACUUCAGCUGGAAAAAAAAAAAAAAAGUUUUAAAAUUAGAGGACAUUGAGAUUAAAAAAAAUAAGGACCAUUGAGGAGGUAGUAAGAUCCACAAGCUGGGUGCUUGUGUAACCUCUCUGAUCUUAGUGAGGAUGAAGAGGGUUAUAAAUAUAUACAUAAAAUUCCAGUGAAAAUACAUGGCAACUGAGGCUUAUCACUUUUGAGAUAUCAGGUUUUAACCUUUAAUGCAUAAGGGACCUGUUUAGCAAUUGCUCUAAUUUCAGCAAUUUUGAAGAAAACUGCAGCAGAACAAACAGCCAGAGACACAAACAUAAUUCAGUUUUGAGGCUUAAUAAAUCAACACAGAAAAAGGUCAGCUCUCAAUUUUAAAUGAUAAUUCUCUUCCCUUUUUUAACAUGUUUUAUAUGCUUGAAUAAACAUGGAGGAAAUUGUAAUAUGAUUGAAGGUGCCUGACUCUGUUUGAGGUGUCUUGGCUGGUGCUUUCAUUUGAAGUAACAUCACUAAUUUUGCACUUGCACCCUUUAAAAACUGGGACAGCAAAGGAAUUGAAUUAAGCUGUGCCUCUGGGAUUUGAGAGAAGUUUAGGAUGUUUUUUCAAAUAAUGCAUUAGUUCCACAGCUUUGAUAUAAAACUAAAUGAUGAAUAACUGGUUUUGAUGUUGUAACACAUGGCCCUCAGCUAUCAGAGAUGUCUGGACAUUUCUAUGCACAAGUCAUCCCACUGUUCUUAAUAGGGAACCUAAUAUGAUUAUAAUAAGCUAAUUCCAGUGCAUAUUUAAGAGUAUAAAGUUUCAAAAUUGAGGUCUAAAAUGAAAGGGUUUU